UUACAGCACUGUCCAAAGGUGAAAAGAGAUGGAGUUAUUUUUAUGAUCGUCAAACAUCGUUCGAAGCUGCGUUUUUUCAAUUUCUGUGAGGAUUCCUCCAUGGAGUCAAGCCAUAACUUGAGCUCGUUGGACAUCUCCGGCCUCUGGGCAGAGGGCUCGACCUUAGCGAUCACCUCCGACACGGGGACCUUUAACCCGGUGACCGUCUGCUUGCUGAGGACGACUGCGCGGACGAAAUUGUCUGACAGACUGAUGAACUCGUGUUCGAGGUAGAAGUUUUUCUCGUCCCAGUAAAUCAACUGUGUUGUCACUUUGUAAGGUGUAAAAAUAGGCAGCGCUCGUCGAUAACGAGUCGAUGAUGCACCUUGAACUGCGCCUCCACCUCUGCG